CAUCACUUCCAUAAAAUCAAAUUCUUCACAUAAAAUUAAGCGGAGCUAAAACUUUGGAAUCGAAAUCGUCAACAAAAAUUCGAGUAAAUGGCUGGAAAUCAAGGUAAAGGAAAAGGGUUUUUUAGAGGUUUAUUAAGCGGCAAUAGAUCUAGGCCUACUUUACUGAGAGGUGAUCCCCAUGAGAGGGGGGUUACGGGAUCUGCAAGGCGAGCAAGGCAAGAACAAGCGGCCAUACAUAGUCAGGCCCAACGUUCAAGUACCCUAGAGCAAGUGCGUAGUCGCUUUGAGCGCCAAAGUAGCCUACAUAGUCAUACGGUCGGCUCAGGUGACGAUGAUACUGAUUACGACGAGUCUCUUAGUCGGGAAGAGUCUCUUGGUCAGGAUGAGUCUGCAUGUCAUCCUGUUGAUUGGACGAUCGUAAGAGGCCAUGCUGUUAAGUUCAAGAGUAGAGGGCAGGGCUCGAGUGGCACUUCUGAUCAGGCAGGAGUAAGCCAGGCUGAGGAUGCGGCUCCACGGGGGAGGAGGCGAUCGCAGUCCGCGGACACGGACUGGUUAAUCACAUCAGCCCAGCCCGGGGGCCCUGUUGAUACUACUUUAAUACCCAGCUACGGUGGGCACGUAGCAAAGGCUAUAUUUGAGGGAUCGGAGCGCACCCCUCCGAUUUUGGAAUGUCGUGCUCGGAAGAAAACGUUGGACUCAAUCAUUAGACUUCAGGACAUGUCUGAUGAAUUGUACAGAGUGUUACCUGGUACUCCCCUUGGUCGGCUGCCCUUGGCCUGGCCGGCCUUUUUGGUAUGCCAUUGUCGGAGCUGCGUGCGAAGGGGCACUUCACAAGCGGCAGCAUUAAUGUUGGUGCACUGUUGCAGCUAUGCCACCGUUCUCAGUCUAUGGAUACUCAACGUACCGCCUACUACAUGGCUAUAG